UUGUCGCAUUCCAUCCAUCAAUCAUCAUCUCAGCUUCUUGCUACUCAUCAGCGUUGCUUUCUUGCUAGCGGCAGCAGCUGCUGCUGAUGGAGAUCGCGGUGGCGAGCCGCGCCGUGGUGGACACCUCCAGGCCGUUCCAGUCGGUCAGGGAGGCCGUCGAGGUGUUCGGCGAGCGGCGCCUCAGCUCCUCUAGGGCGAGCAGCGAAUCCGACGGUGGCAAGCCGCUGGCGCCGGCGGUGCUGGCCGGCUGCCUGAGGAAGCUGGAGGCCGAGCUGGCCGAGGCCAGGGGCGAGCUGGAGCGGCUGCGGCAGAGGCAGUCCCACAUGGAGGUGGCCGUGUCCAGCAUCACCGUGCAGCUCAGCGGCGGCCUGGCCAUCCUCGACAAAGGCAAGGAGCUCGCCGUCGUCGACGUGGAAGACGGCCGCGUUGGCGGCGGCGGCGGCCGGGUUCGCAGCGACCGGUGGGACGAGAGCCGCGCCGAGGAGUGGAUGGCGAGCCUCGAGUACCUCCCCAGCCUGUCGGAGGCACUGUCCAUCAAGAUGGUCGACGAUGAUCACCUCGGAGAGAGGAGGCAGACGAAGGUGUACAGCAGCAACAACAACAAGAAGAAGGCGGCCAUGAACAAGAAGAAGAAGCAGCAGCAGCAGCAGAAGAAGAAGAAUGACGUCUCAUUGGUUUCAAGAAUCUUCUCAAGGAAAGACAAGUCCAGCCUACUAGUUUCCUUUGCUUCAUAAGCUGUAUGCUGCAAAGAGUGCAAGGACUCCUUUGGAACGCAGGAAUUUUAGAUUAAUUAGUUCAAAGGUACUAUGAAAAUUCUCUAAAAUUUCUACUUUCCAAAGGAUCCGUAAAUGUCCCGGUUGAUACGCGGGAAUUCUGUAGAAAUUUUUCGAGAAGGAAACACGGACUAAACAGUUCCACUGUUGUCGGUUUCCCAUCAAAAUUUCUUGAGAAAUCCUGCGUUCCAAACGGAGUUGUGACUUGUGGGUAUUGACUUUUGAUGUGUUUUUCUACU